ACUUCUAGCGGUCAGUACGGACCAGACGAAUUUGUCUUCUGGUAAACAUUUUUAGUUUUUGUAUAUUUAGUUGUUCAAUUAGUUAAACUUGGAGAAAAAAAAUAAACAUAGACAAUGAUUAUCAUUAAUAAUUAUCUACAACAUGAAAUUCGAAUCCGCAUUCUAUUUUUCUAUGCGCGGAGAGCGGUGGAGAAAGAGCAAACAGUCGAGUUUUAUAGCCUAGAGAAAUGGGAAAAUAAUGAUGACGAGAAGGUUUUUUCUUGGCUGAGUUGAAUAGCCAGCGGCGGGCUUUUUAAAAAAUAUAACAGGAUGGACUAUAAGGAAGAAAUGGAGGAAAGUCUAUUUGCCCUUCCAGAAAAGCAGAUUGUCAAGGUCGGGCGCACAGUGGCAGACGAGUAUAGGGAGAGGAGAAGCUUUGAAUCCCGUCUCAGUGUCGAUUUCGGCGUGAGUCCGUGACUGUAAAGCUGUGCCGAGAUCAUAAUUACGUUAUAAACGCCAAUCUUAUAGUGCUCCGAGGACUCAAGCUUGUCCAGGGCUUGUUGAACAAAAUUGAAUCAAGUUGUCACAUUCAACAAUUAAAAUUGUCUUUUCACAAAGUGAUUGAGUUUGUGUUAAAAUCACAUCUAAGCGGGUGUGGCUUUGUGACUCGUGACGCAAUUCGCUGUGACUGCAAUUUCCGGGUUUGGGAAACUUUGAAUUCCUGCAUUUAUUAGGGAUCGUUCACCGUUGCCGCUUCAAGUUAAAUAUAAUCACUUUUCAAAAAAUGCCAACGGACAAUGAAAAAGACGAAAACGGUCCGGUCGAGACUAUUCCGCUGGAGGAGACUAUUCGGAAGCCAGCUAACCUGCCAAAUAGCGAACCAAGUGCUGCUGGCCCUAGUAGAAACACUAGUGAAAAUAUUGGAGUGGACGACGGUUUACUUGACAGUGGCAAUGGUGGAGGUCCUACAGGCCCAAAACCACAUCCAGCCGGGCCGGAUGCGAUCGAGCCGGGAGAAGUUGACGUAGAAGAACCGGAAAUAGGCGACAGGGGAGGAGAGCAGCCUAGACCGGGACCCAGGCCUAGUCCACGCCCAGAAAAUCCAUGGAAACCGGUGGAACCUAGAUAUCCACACGACCGGCCCGAUCCAUCCGUCAACAAUGGAAUCAAUUACACUACCAAAAAGAACAUCGCUCAAGGUAUGAUGGAUAUCGCACUGCUGACGGCCAACGCCAGUCAAUUGAGGUAUGUCAUGCGAUCUCCCUAUUGGGAUAUCUACCAUCAAGUGAACAUCGUACUCAUUUCAAUCAGCAUCGCUCUUCAGAUAAUAGCUGGUAUUUUGCUCGUUUUCAUCAGCCGCUACGACUACAAGAAAAAAGAGACUAGAGACGUAGCGCAAAUAAUGGGUGACGUGAUCGUUAUUUUUAUCUUUGCGGUUACCAUUGUCAACAUCUUCAUCGCUACUUUCGGGGUUGAUGACGAGCGAACUACAUUCCUCCGCUGGAAGCAAGCCUCCACCGAUGCCUCAUCCGAACCGAUUCACAUGAGCCCUGUCAAUUCAUCCCUUGUCCACCCUUAAAGUCCCCUUACAUCCCUUGUCCGCGAGCCUUUAAAUUAUUUCAAUUAGCAAUAUAAACACACUAAAUUUCA